UUCAAAAUGGCUGCCUCCAGUGUGAGAAAUUUGGAUAAGUCCGAAAACGAGAGAAAAGGGAUAUUAGAUACAUUUCAUGAAAACUUUUUAAGCAGACAUUUGCGUUUUCUAGAUGCUGUUGAUAAAUUCAAAUUAGAAGUGACGGUCUUAGGUGCAUAUGAGAUCGGAUCUUGCAAUGCAGCCGAUCCUGAUAAGGGGUGCAACUUCAAAAAGGCAGCAUGCACACUGAAACCUACGAACAAAAAGUUUGCUCUAGCAAAUUUCUUUAUUCCUGCUUUCAAAAUGUUGCAUAAAUUUGUAAGAAACAGGGAAAUUCCUAAUGAUGGAAAUAUGAAACUGCUUCUUGAACGGCUUGUCAAGUUCUUGAUACGCACAGAAAUCCAUGCUGCCCUGUCACAGAUGAAGGACUGCAGUGAUGAGACUGAAUUGAUCAUUCUUCUCAUCUUUCAUUUGUUUUCUCCACUGUCCCUAUCAUCCUACUUCACGGUUAAUCAAUCAAAGUCCAGUCAACCCAAAGUCUGUCCUUGUGGGAAGAAACACAGAAAAAUCAUCUAUGGUGACACAAGCAUUGGUAAUACAGAUGUUUGGCAUGGUACUGUUGAUUUGAUUAUGGAAGGAGCGGAUGUCAUCAUAGUUACACCAGACAAAGGAACCUCAGAAGAUUUAGACUCAAGAGAAGCCGUGAAACAAGGACAAUUUGACAUGAAUAACAAUUCAGCAGGAAGUAGCCUUGUACAAGUGGCAGCAAAAACAAUAGUUCAUUCCUUCUACCACCACCAAAUUCACCCAGAUCAUUCCAAUACACUUAUCCCCUGUAUCGGUGUUUCACCGACAGGUUUAAUCUUUUACUUCUAUGACUCUGUACAUGAUGUUUUGCUUGGGAGUACACAUUUUCCACUGGCUACUUUUUCCCCGCUACAUUUAAACUGGACAACCGUUAUAGCUGUGUGGAUGGUAUUGAAUCAUAGUUACUUGUGCAAUGGACUUUCUUCAUUAGAUAUAGAUGAAGUUCCUAAAUCCCAUUUUUUGGACAUUGCCAGAAGCAAACUUGAUAUUUACAAACAUGAGUUACAGAGGGGACGAGUUGGAACAAGGCACUUCAGUGUAUUCAACCUAAAUCCAAAUUCAUUCAUUAAUGCCAAAUUCAUAGCAGCACCCGAGUUAGCAGAUCUAUAAUUCAGCUUAUGAUGUGUUGAAUUCAUUUCACCUAUCAAAAUAUACAAAACUAAACAACUGCUAAAGAAAAGUAAUAUUGUGAAUUAUUAGAUUUUUGUUUUGGUAGGCAAUAUUGAAUUAAGUAGUUGUGUAAAGUGAAAUUAUUUCAAAUUAUUUAUUUAAAAUGCUGUGACAUUAAAUAUUUUUUUGAACAUACAUUGAUAUCUUUAAACUGGUAUUCAGACAUGAAUCUUGUAUAUUAAAUUAAACAUUUACAUUUUGCUUAAUGCAUGUACUGAAGAGUUAAAUGAAAUCUGAAUUUCAAAUUCGAUCACCAUGUUCACACAGGUUUUCAAGCAUUAAAUACAUGGUCAGGAAACAAUUUAUUGUCAUCUUAUGUUCAUUCAUGUACUUGCAAAAACACACUAAAAACUAUAUUGUGUUUUUUAAGCUUAUUUUUAAAGGAUUUUGUUUUGUAGUCAGAGAAAGCUGAAAUUUUAGUAUAUACAUGUACAGUUUUCCUAAAAAAAAAAAAAUCAGGGGGAAUAACUCGUACUUCAGUAAAAAAAAAAAAAAUCACUAAGUUAAAUUCUGUUGACAAAAUUGAAAAUUUGACAAUUUACUUUAAGCAGGCCAUAGCAUGAAAUGCUACAAUAGAAAAAAUAUAAGAAAUAUCCCUACUCAGACAAUUUAAUUGAUUCUUUAAUAAUAUUUUUGUACAGAGAAAUAUUCUAAAUUCUUCUCUAAAACUUUUGCAAGUCUUG